AUGUCUUCCUUGGCCACUUCAUCCUCUCAACACAAAUCAACUUCCGAAUACGGCGUGUUCUUAACUUUCUUUAAUGGUCUUGAAAAUCGUGUAAGAACCAUUCUUGAGAACUGUUUUAAGGAUGGUGGGUACAAAACUUUCAUGGCCGACAUCGUCAAUGUUUCCACAUGGGAUAUGACAAGAAUGUGUAGAAUUGUGGCGGUGGUAAUCACACCAGAGUUCGUUAACUCCGACGGAUGUUUUGAGAGACUGAUGAAUAUGUCAUGGGAUCCCAAAACAGUGGUGCCUUUCUUCUAUGGAGUGCGCCACAAAGAAGUGUGUUUGCAGUUCGAGAGUUUCUAUUCGCGAAGGUUUGAGAAUGAAUUUGGAGAGCCAAUAUUUGAGAUUCCAUUUUCUAUUGGGAUUUGCAACAAAGAGCUGACGCUCGACCAAGAAGUUGUCAAUAACUUCAUUGGAAAAGCUAUAUCACAAGUAGGGUUGCAACGUCGUGUGAAAGAAGUGCUACAUCAAUUGUGCGAGAAAUACCAUAAUGAGAAAAGUACAAUCAUAGUCAAAAUUUGGGGGGUUGGAGGUGUUGGUAAAACUACCAUCGCAAGAGCUAUUUAUGAUGCAAUUGGUGGCCAUUUUAGUUGCAGAAGUUUCCUUGCUAAUAUCAACGAUGUCUGGAAGAACAUCAAUGGUCAAGUUCUUCUACAAAAGCAACUUCUUUCAGAUAUUCAAGAGAAUCAUGUGAAGCAACGACCUUAUAGAAGAGCCUUAAUUGUACUUGAUGAUGUAAAUCAAGAAGGCCAACUCACUGGAUUAUGUGGAAAUAGAGAGCAAUUUGGUAAAGGGAGCUUGAUUUUCGUUAUGACAAGAAAUAAGAGUUUACUUGAUCACUUUGUUGACAUAUCAUAUAAAGUGGAACAGUUGGACCACGAUUACGGAAAUUUGGUGAUUCAAUUUUCGAUUGGAAUUCGCAACGAAGAGCCGACGCUGAGUGUUCUUCGCUAUGGCUUCACACUGUCGCAUGAUUUUGGGGACCAAGAAGUAGUCCAUACCCUCAUCGCAAAAUCCAUAUCACAGGUAGGGGUUCAAUCUCGUGUGAAAGAAGUGCUUCGCCGAUUAGGCUGGGAAUCCCACAGUGAGGAAAGUACAACCAUAGUCGGAAUUUUGGGGGUUGGAGGUAUUGGUAAAACCACCAUUGCCAGAGCUAUUUAUGAUUCAAUUGGUGGGCAUUUUAAUUGCAAAAGUUUCCUUGCUAAUAUCAAGGAUGUGUGGAAGAACAAGAAUGGUAAAGUUCUUCUACAAAAGCAACUUCUUUCAGAUAUUCAUGUGAAACCUAUUAAUCAGGGAUCGUAUAGAAGAGCCCUAAUUGUGCUUGAUGAUGUAGACCAAGCAAGUCAACUCAUUAAACUGUCUGGAAAUAUAGAGCAAUUUGGUAAAGGGAGUUUGAUUUUCAUUACAACAAGAAAUAAGGAUUUACUUGAUGACUUUGUUGACAUCUCAUAUGAAGUGGAAAAGUUGGGCGAGCGUGAGUCUCUAGAGCUUUUUGGUUGGCAUGCAUUCAAAAACUUUGGUCCAACAAAUGAUAUUGUGGAUCUUUCUAUGAAAGUAAUUACUUUAUGUGAAGGGCUACCAUUGCUUCUUGAAGUCAUAGGCUCUCUUUUACAUAAUAAGACAAAAUCAGAGUGGAUAAAGAUAUUGAAUAAAUUAAAAAAGGUUUCAGGUGGCCAAAUACAAUAUAAGCUUAAAAUCAGUGUAGACUUUUUAGCAGAUUCAGAAAAGAAAUUAUUUUGUGAUAUAGCACACUUUUAUGUGGGACGGAGUAAAAGUUAUGUUAUAAAUUUGUUUAAGAGCUCAAGAUUCCCCUUGUUGGCCAAAAACAGCUCAAGGUUCCCAUUGUUGGCCAAAAAGAGCUACAGAAAAUUGCCCAUAGAAAUGGCAAUGCAAGUACUUAUUGAGCGUAGCCUUGUAAAGGUUAUCAAUGACAAGAUUCAUGUGCAUGACCUGCUGCAAAAAAUAGGAAGGGAAAUCGCACCAACAAACAAGCAAAAUUUCAUACAUACUUAUGACGUGUUCUUAAGUUUUAGAGGUGCAGACACGCGUAAAUCAUUUGCUACUCAUCUUUAUAAUGCUCUAAAACAAGCAGGAAUUGAAGUCUUCAUGGAUGAAGAGAGAAUUGAAAGGGGAGAACAAGUUUCAGGUUCAUUACUGCAAGCAAUUGAAAAUUCUAGAAUUUCAAUUAUUAUAUUCUCAGAAAAUUAUGCUGACUCUAAUUGGUGCUUGCAAGAAUUAGAGAAAAUCAUGGAGUGUUACAAAACAACUGAUCAUGAGGUUUUUCCUAUAUUCUAUGAUGUGCAACCAUCUGAUGUUCGCAAACAACAAAAUGCCUUUGGAAAAGCAUGGGAAAGGCUUAUAACAAGACCCUCAAGUAGUAAAGGUAAAAAAUCGACAAACAAUUUGAAGACAGUCCUCGCUGAGGUUGCUAACUUGUCAGGGUGGCAUACGCAAAACUACAGAACUGAGGCCGAGUUACUUGAUGAUGUUGUUAAAACUAUCACAAUGAGGAUAGACAAUAGGAAAUAUAUUUUCGUUGCUCACCAUCCAGUUGGUUUAGAGUCUCGCGUGCAAGAUAUCAUCCAAUUUCUAAGUGAAUCAAAUGGGAUUACCAUAAUAGGCAUUUGGGGGAUGGGAGGGAUUGGUAAGACGACGAUGGCUAAAACUAUCUAUAAUGAAAUGGGGCAAAGUUUUGUAGGAAAGAGUUUCCUUGCAAAUAUUAGGGAAGUAUGGAAGCAAGACAAUGGUCAAGUUUAUUUGCAAGAACAACUUCUCUCUAGCAUCUUAAGAACAAGAAGGAUCAACCUACUGAAUGUAGGGAUAGGAAAAUCUAUAAUCAAGCAAAGUCUCUAUCAAAAAAGAGUAUUUCUUAUAUUGGAUGAUGUGGAUAAUGAAGACCAACUCAAAGUUUUAUGUGGCAGUCGUCAAUGGUUUGGUCAAGGUAGUAGAAUAAUUAUCACUACAAGAGAUGAACGCCUACUUCAAAUCCUUCAAGUGGAUAAAGUAUUUAAUGUGAGGGGAAUGGAUGAUAACGAAUCUAUUGAGCUUUUCAGCUGGCAUGCUUUUAAACAAGCGCUUCCUGAAGGAAAUUUCAUUGAUCUUUCAAGAAAGGUAGUAUCAUAUUGUAAAGGUCUGCCACUGGCUCUUGAAAUCCUUGGCUCAUAUUUGUUUGAUAGGAAAAUACCUUAUUGGGAAAGCACUUUGAGUAAAUUGGAACGAAUUCCAGAUGGUAAAAUAUAUGAAAUUCUAAAAAUAAGUUAUGAUGGUUUGAGUGAACAAAUAGAGAAAGAGCUUUUCUUGGACAUAUGUUGUUUUUUCAUUGGGAAAGAUAGAAGCUAUGCUAUUCAGGUAUUAGACGGUUGUGGACUUCAUGCAGAAACUGGAAUUACCCAUCUAAUUGAGCGAAGCCUAGUAAAGGUUGUAAAAUCUGGAAACAAAAGCAUACUUGAUAUGCAUGACUUACUACGUGAUAUGGGAAGAGAAAUAAUACGUGGUCAAUCACCAGAGGAGCCAGAAAAGCGUACAAGAUUGUGUUUUAAUGAUGAGGUGUUGGAAGUGUUAGAAAACAACACUGGAACAAUAGCUACCAAGGGAUUAUCAUUAAACAUGCCGAGAAGCAAUUCAAUAUCCUUGAGUACAAAUGCGUUUAAGAAUAUGAAGAGGCUUCAUUUACUCAAUCUUGAUAAUGUACAGCUUAAUGGAGAAUAUGAUUAUCUAUCAAAAGAAUUGAGAUGGCUUUGUUGGCGUAGAUUUCUCUUGGAGAGUUUGCCAACAGACUUUAAUGUAAAGAAGAUAGUCGCCAUUGACUUAAAGUGGAGUAAUCUCACAAAAUUGUGGGAGAAAAGUCAGGUGCUGGAAUCCUUGAAAACUCUCAAUUUGAGUCAUUCUCAUUGCCUAACAGAAACACCUGACUUUUCAAAAUUACCACAUCUUGAGAAGCUGAUACUUAAAGACUGUCCACGUUUGUCUAUGAUACACCCUUCCAUUGGAAAUCUUAGGCAUCUUAUUAUGUUGAAUUUGAAAAAUUGCGUUGGCUUAGAGCAUCUCCCAAGAAGUAUAUAUGACUUGACAUCUUUGAGAACUCUCAAUCUUUUUGGUUGUUCAAAGAUUGAAAGGUUGGAUGAAGACAUUGAAAAAAUGGAAUCCUUAACGGUUUUGGUGGCAACUCAAACUGCCAUAACACAAGCACCCAUCUCAUUAGUGAGAUUGAAGAACAUUAAAUAUGUUUCUUUAUGUGGUUAUGAAGGAUUGUCACGUGAUGUAUUUCCAUCUCUUAUUUUGUCUUGGAUGCCCCCAACAAAUCAUUCAAAGUCCUUGUUUCAAGCAUUUAGGAUCAUGCCAUCGUUAAUCAAGAUUCUUUCACAUCCUUUGUUUACCAAAAGUUGUGAAAUAUUUAAAGCAAAACAAGGAUCAUCUCAAGCUUCAUGUAAAAAGACUCCAGCAUUGAUUGGUUUUGGCGAGCAACUUCGCAAGGAAAGAUCAGAAACAUUCAUGAGUUCUAUAACAAUUCAUGUAGGCGAGUUCAACAAAGUUAUUGACUCACUUUUAAGGAGCAUUUCACAGGUUAUUCUCUUUAUCUCUCUACUGCCACCAUGCAUAGUUUAGUUAGGUUUCAAAAGAAUGCCUUUUUUGUACAUGUUUAACUUAAAAGUUCAAUGCGUGCUUUUAUUAAUAUCAUGUAGUUUAGGGGAGGCGUACACUUAUAAUGAUCUAUGAGCAAGUGUAAAUGCAUAAUAAUUCACAUUAACUAUGCUUUUUAAGUGUUUAGAAGGCAUCUAGAAACUGCCAAUUAUGUUUAAAAUAACAUGUAACUUUGAAUAGGCUAUGCAUGUUUAAUAAGAUUUUAAAGCAUACUACACUACAUAUUCAAAUAUUGGUUUGUACUGUAUGCCUUCAUCCGAAAAUGUUUACUUUCAAUUGAUUCGGAAAUAAAUCUACCCCAAUCAAUUAAUAUCCGAACCUCAUUCUCAACCAUGUUGAGUUAAGCAAUAAAGGCAUUUAACCUAUUGGUCUUUAAAGGUUAAUUGGCUUCUUCUCUAUUAUGUUCACGACUUAGGGAUGGAAUGAGAAAGGGUUUGGAGUUAAUUCUCUUCCCGGAGACAAUUAUCCUCAUUGGCGGAGUUUCAAAGGUGAAGGAUCU